AUGAGGAUUCGCAUUAGAAAUAUCGAACAGGUCAAUCAACACCUUCGCAACGCGUACCUGUGCAGCACCCAACCAUCGGUUGCUCCAAAAGUAGUUGUAGUUCCACAGUCAACGAUUGUCGAUAAGGGAGAAUCGAGCAGAUAUUGGGUCGAUCCGACGAACCACAUGAGAUUGCCGAGAUCCCUUGCCGCCGCCUUAUACCAGACACAAAACACCCAGUCGAAAAGAUCAAUUGGAAAUAUGGAGAAGCCAAGUUUCCAGCCAAAAAAGGUUCUCAUUCUGAGCAAAUUGACCAGAUACGAAUUUGAGAAAAAGGUCCACAAAGGAUGUGAUGAUGAUCAGUUGGCUAGUAUUCUGAAGAAACGAGGAUCUGAUUACCAACGGCUUCUUUCCAAACACAAAAUUCAUCAUUCGUACCUAAAUACACUUCAAAAGGAGCUAGAAAACGCAGGAAUUGAAUCUCGCCUUGUCCGUCGUUUUGGAUACACUCAAGAAGCUGUCGAUUGGGCUGACGCUGUGUUCUCUGCCGGAGGCGAUGGAACAUUCCUAAUGGCUUCUAGCAAAGUUCGCACAAAACACAAGCCAGUCAUCGGAAUCAAUACGGAUCCACAGGGUUCUGAAGGAUACAUGUGUCUGAUGAGAAAACUUCCAGAAGAGAAUUUAUCUGGUGCUCUGAAGAAGCUAUUCAGUGGAAACUUCGAAUGGUUGUAUCGUCAAAGAAUCCGUAUCACUGUGACUGGAGAUGACGGUAUUAGUGAUGCAAUUGAGCUACACGAUCAACAACUGAAUCGGGAUCCAGCGACGACGCGAUGGACUGAUAAUCCACGUAGUCCUGCUAGAGAGAAUGAUGUAGAAGAAUGUAUGUCACUCUCGCCGCCUGUAAAGAAACGAAUGAUUUCGGAAUCUGAGGACAAAGCCAUCGUUCCCAUAGAAAAAGAAACUGUCGAACUGCCAGUUCUUGCGCUAAACGAAGUAUUCGUUGGUGAAAGUCUUUCCUCUCGGGUAUCCUACUAUGAAAUUGGCCUUAAUGAUGAGCAAAUGCUGAAACAGAAAAGCUCGGGAAUCACGAUUUGCACUGGAACCGGAUCCACAUCGUGGCACUUCAAUAUCAACAAGCUGACGGAACAAUGCGUUCAGGAUUUGAUGAAAAUUGUUGCACAACACUGUAAUCUCCCACAGAUUCCACAUGAGAAUAAGAAUGCUGUCAGCGAGAUUUGCACCAAGUUCAAUCAACAACUGAUCUUUGACCCGGAUAGAAGACAACUCGCAUUCUCGGUUCGUGAUCCAAUCUUCAAUGCGACAUUCCCACCAACUGAUCCACGUGGAUUUGCCGACAAAAUCCGAAUCAAGAGUCGUGGAUAUGAUGCUCAUCUAGUUAUCGACGGUGGCAUCUCGUACCGCUUCAACGACGGAUCAGAAGCGGUGAUGGAAGUUCGAGAUGAGGAUACUCUCCGUACUGUGGUUUUUCGAUGA